GUUGGCUCGGUUUAGCCAAGCAGGGUGAUUUUUUUAUUCCGAGUCGCACUAGCGACAGGGCUAUCCGAAGGUGCUUGAGCUUAGCUUGGUGUGACUGUUGCUUUUCUCCGUGUGUGGGGCCAAGUGAGAGAGAGCAUAGGAUGGCUGAACAGAGCGAAAGUCAGGAGGACUUUGCAGAGUUGUGGAAGCUCAUAACUCAACCGAAUGGGGAGGAGACCAGCUAUGAUGAUUACCUGCAGGACGGAUUUGAUGCGGAGCUCUUUGAGGAUGUAUCAUCUCAACCUCCUCAGCCAUCUAUGUCCACUCCUCCCCCUGAUGGAGGUUCACCUCCCUCCUCCACUGUUCCCACCACCACUGAUUACCCAGGCACUCAUGGUUUCCAUCUCCGGUUCCAGCAGACCAGCACUGCCAAGUCUGUCACCUGCACAUAUUCCUCAGAGUUGAAUAAGCUGUACUGUCAGUUGGCUAAGACGUGUCCAGUUCAGAUGGUGGUAGAUGUUCUUCCUCCUGCUGGCGCGAUGCUCAGGGCGACGGCUGUCUAUAAGAAAUCAGAGCACGUUGCUGAAGUCGUCCGACGCUGCCCGCACCAUGAGAGGACCCCAGAGAAUAACGAAGGUCCUGCUCCUCCGGGACAUCUGAUUCGUGUGGAGGGGAACGCACGGGCUGUUUAUCAGGAGGACUGUCACACCCGGAGACAGAGCGUGCUUGUCCCAUAUGAACCUCCACAGCUGGGUUCGGAGUGCACCACUGUCCUGUAUAACUACAUGUGUAACAGCAGCUGCAUGGGAGGAAUGAACCGCAGACCCAUCCUCACAAUCAUCACUCUGGAGACACAGGAGGGCGCGUUGCUUGGGCGACGCUGUUUUGAGGUGCGUGUGUGCGCAUGUCCUGGUCGGGACAGGAGGACUGAGGAGGGAAACUACCGGAAGCUCCUGGAGAGCAAGAACAGCUCAAAGACCUCCACUUCCACCAAACGGAUUCCACGUCCCGAGGUCAGCAAGAGAGCCAAGUGCAGCUCCAGCUCCGACCCAGAGAUAUUCACUCUACAGGUGCGUGGACGGGAUCGUUAUGAGAUGUUGAAGAAAAUUAAUGACAGUUUGGAGCUGAAUGAUCUGGUGCCCCCUGCUGACCGAGAGAAGUAUCGCCAGAAACUAGUGUCCAAGCCCAAGAAAGAGAGGGAUGGAUCUGCCCCAGCACCCAAGAAAGGAAAGAAGCUGAUGAUGAAAUCAGAGAAGAGUGACUCUGAUUGAGAGAGAGAGAGAGGGAGAGGGAGAGGGAGAGAGGGAGUUUUCUUUUCAGCAUUUCGGUUCUCAUACAGUCCAGACUCUUAAUAAGCUGUCAUAGCCUAGAUUUCACCUUGACCAUCGCAUCUCCUGUUAAUCGCUCUCUCUCUGUGAGGCCUUUCAUUUAGUCAUUCAUCAGUUCUCCCUGGCAGUGUGUGGUACGGUUUCACACACCGCUCUCCCUCCCUCCUUACACUGUUAUGUUAAUCAGAGCAGGGCCUAGGCAUGGGUGGGGACGACCCGUUGGUUGGGGAGGGAGGUGCUCGUGCUCUGUGCUCCAGUAUGCAGGCUAAUCUCUGGAUGCUGCUGCAGCUGUACUGUGUGUUCUGUUGGCAGAGGGGUGGGGCUGUGGUUGUGUCAGUGGACAGGCUGCUGUGUGGUAGAGUGUCAUGGCACCCAGUCCAUCUCCCUGUCACACAGCAUCAGCACUGACACAGUCACACACCACACAGAGAUUGUCAGAAGCACGGACGAACACUGUGUUCAGUCGUGAGGAAUCUGAAACUCAGGAAAUCCCUCCUGUUUCUCUCCAUGAAACUCCUGCCUUCUGCCUUAGCUUUUUCUACUCUCUGUCAUGCUGUUUCAAGUCAGCAUAUGUUCUCCCUGCUGCUUUUAGAACUGGUAGUGAUAGUUUUUUUUAUACUCUGUUUCAUUACUGUAUACCCCU